AUGCAGAAUGAUCUGGAAGAGUUCUUUUCAAUGGUAAAUUUUACAAAUCCAGGAGUUCUGGGGGAUGCCGCAUAUUUUCGCCGAUAUUAUGAAGCACCAAUAAUUCGUGGAAGAGAACCCACAGCAACUGCAGAAGAAAAGAAGUUGGGAUCUGAGAGAUCUGGACAGCUUAGUGCAAAAGUAAAUCAGUUUAUAUUGAGACGGACGAAUGCCCUGCUGUCCAAUCACUUGCCACCAAAGAUUGUUGAAGUAGUGUGCUGCAAGCUGACUCCUUUACAGAUGACACUGUACAACCACUUCAUACACUCCAAGAAUGUUAAACGCUUGAUAUCUGAAGAAGCAAAGAGUUCUAAAGUUUUGGCAUAUAUUACUGCUCUUAAGAAAUUAUGCAACCAUCCGAAGGUAAAUAAUUUCAGUUUAAUGUUUCGCCCCACGAUAUAUCUCUUUCAGUGA